AUGGUUGACAUACUUUGUGGUGUAUUUGAAUUUGUGACAGUGAAAGCUUUGUUUGAGUUUGACGCCGUUUUUGAGAACGAAUUAAGCUUUAAACAAGGUGACAAGUUAGAUAUUGACAAGGACUUGUUCGGUCAAGCUUCGUUUUGGUGGUAUGCUUCUCAUCAAGAUUGUAGAAAGAAAGGCUACAUUCCAAGUAGUUUUGUUUUGAAAGACAAGAAUUCGUUGGAAGCCCAAGAUUGGUGGUUCAAUGGAAAUGAAACUGAUGCUGAAACCCUAUUGCGCCAUUCUAGCUUCCAGUCAGGGACAUUUCUUGUCAGGCAAGCUAUAGGGGAAGAUUCCUAUAUGUUAUCUGUAAAAGAUAUUGACAGGGAAACAGAUACACCCUUUAUAAGCCAUUAUAAAAUAAGACAUUGGAAAGACAGAGGCUAUUACAUUUGCGAAAACCGAUGUUUUGACAACAUUCCUAAUCUCAUCUCGCAGUACAGUUGUGAGACUAAUGGUAUAUGUUGUAAGCUGGAAAAGCCAUGUCCGAAAGACCCACCAAAAUUGCCAAUUAGAUUAUAUGAGUGGCUUAAGUGGCUUGAAGUAACGAGAAGUUCGGUGAAAAUUGGCGAUAAAGUUCCAGUAUAUUCCUUUGGAGACAAAUGUUAUGGUACAUUUCUAAAUGAUCGUAUCGCUAUUAAGACAUUGGGAGAUAAAACGAAACCAGUGGACGAUUUGCUUGGCGAAGCCUGUCUUUUGAAAGACUUAAGACAUAAAAGGCUUGUUCAGUUAUUGGCACUUUGUACAGACAAAUUGCCAUUCUGGAUGAUAACUGAGGAUGUGACAAACUGUGAUUUACUUGCCUGUUUGCGUGAAGAUAUGGGAAGAAGUCUUCAACUGAAUGUUCUUGUUCAUAUCGCUAGUCAGAUAUCAGAUGCUAUGGACUACUUAACAAAACAGAAAGUUGUACACAGGAAUUUGAGAGCAUGUAAUAUUCUCACUGGAGCUGGUAACAAAAUCAAAGUUUCUGGAUUAGAACUAGCUAAGAGGAUGUAUGGCGAUAACUGUAUAUAUGCUUCCGACGGACAGAUUCCGGUGAAAUGGACACCCCCAGAAGCUGUUAUAUAUAACAAAUUUAGCGCGAAGUCUGACGUUUGGUCAUACGGAAUACUGUUAUAUGAAAUCAUAACAUUUGGAAUGUCUCCAUAUUCAGGUACGUAUUACCAGAUUAUUAUAAAGUAUAGGUCCAGAUAUAAAUUCACUAGAGUGCGGGAGGUUGUGGGUUCGACCCCUGGCCGCGUCAGACGCAAAAAUGGUAGUAAUAACUUCCUCGCUUGGCUCUCAGCAUUGACGAUAGUGCUAGGACUGGUUGACAGUCUUGUUUGA